CCCGAUUAUUACAAGGACGCGCCUCACUUCCGGCUGGUGGGCGCAGGACCACAAUAUCGAUUGGAAAUACCUUACGCCAAACUCGACUUCACUGGAACGUAUUCCGUGAUCGCUCGCAACUGCCAUGGGGAAGCUAAAGCUAUAAUUUCCUUACAAAUUUAUGCCAAAGGUCAAGGCAAAGAGGAACAAACACAAAAAUCUCACGGUAGAAAAGUGAUGACCCUGCCGAUUAUAAAAAGGGAACUGCGAGAUCUCAGGUGUUGCGACGGUGACGCUGUCUCUCUGGAGUGCAAAGUUUACGCCACGCCGGAACCGCCAUUGAUUCGUUGGGAACGAGGAGGCAAA